CGCCCCGCCCGCCGCAGAGCUGGGCUCCAGCGUCCGGACGGUGAGCUGCGGCCGGACCUGGCUGGCUGGCAGGCUGAAUCGGGCCGGCGGGUUUGCUGCGGGGCAAUCGUGCUGGGCUGCGGGCCGCGCCAUGGACUUUUGUGUCCAGCCGGAGUUCCAGCCUCACUGAGCCAGCCACCCUUGAGAGCUUCCUGCUAAGGAACAGCCCCCAAGCACUGACCAUGUCUAUUAUGGACCACAGCCCCACCACUGGUGUGGUCACGGUCAUUGUCAUCCUCAUCGCCAUUGCUGCGCUGGGGGCCUUGAUCCUGGGCUGCUGGUGCUACCUGCGACUGCAGCGCAUCAGCCAGUCAGAGGACGAGGAGAGCAUCGUGGGGGAUGGCGAGACCAAGGAGCCCUUUCUGCUGGUGCAGUAUUCAGCCAAGGGACCGUGUGUGGAGAGGAAGGCCAAGCUAAUGACACCCAGUGGCCCAGAAGUGCACGGCUGAUCUGGGCUAUGAGGCUCCUGGUCCUGUCUGCAGCCAGCUGAGAGGUGCUGGGAGAGCGGAACACACACAUGCUGCUGCUGGAGAGGAAGGGUUGACACUUGCUGGCAUGGCCUCAGCAGGCUUCGUCAUCGCAUGCACUGACUCCGGGGGCCUGGCUGUCUUGGGCUUCCCCUUGGCCUCCUGGUGGGGCUGCCCAUUGCAGGCAGUGGGUAGGCCUAACCUUGCUGGGGUUUGUGGCCCCUUAGAGCUUUUGUUACUUGAAUGUUUAGCUGAGCCUGUUUUUGACGGAGCUACUACUGUAAUGCGUGAAUUAACAAACCUGUGAACUGUAAAUAGGCCCCAGAAGCACGUGCUUAAGCCUUUUUGCUGAUUUUUUAAAAUAUCACUUCUAGCACAUGGGAGGAACUGGUUUGAUUAGGACUGUACUCAUGAUGAACUGAGUCAAGACCAUGGUGGGUCUUAGACUUUUAAGACCCAAGCUGCAGGGGGCUCUUAAUGUCUAUCUCUGUGUCUGUCUGUGUAAAGGAAGUGAGAUAUCAAGUGUUAGGUCUUGUAGCUUACCAGUUGGGGUGCUUCGGUGAUUUCUGCUUGGUUAGUACUGGGCCGAAGAAGAACCACACCCCUCCCUCUGUUGAGGAGAUGCAGUUGUUAAAGUAGUAGUGCCUGUUGAUGGCGUUAUUGCAAGGAAGCUACUGUACCUGCUUGGGAGCCUGUGAAGGACGCGUCAGGGCACGCGUCCCGAGAGCUGCCAGGCAGCUUGGUAGCAGAGCAGUUUCCUGUCCCUUUGGUCUUGUGCAUGCUGAGUACACCCCCUUAGCUCAGGCUACAUAGAAGCACCAGAGCCCGUGGUAGCUGUCUUCUGUCUGAAACACAAAUGGCCCAGGAGAGGAAACUUUUUUGUUGUAUUUAAUGUUCUCUGCACUGGUGAGGUGGAGGAGGUGGCUGCUGUUGCGUGUGUCGCCACCCCUCCACUCCCUUUUCACAAGUUAGCUUCCUUUCCUCUCUGAUGACCUUCCACCUGCUGGGUACUGGAUUUCACUUUCCUCAGGGGGUCUCUGUGGAUGGUCACGAGGCCCCUGACCCAGCUCUCAAGGCACCCUGUGCAGUGGAAGGUCUUCUUUUUGUGCACAUUCACAUUCACACAGGAGCGACCAGAUGCUCCCUGCCAGUCUGUACUUAGUGCAGGGAGUGGGGGAGGGGUGGGAAUUGAGUUCAAGACUUGGUCCUCACAGAUGAAGACUUGGUGGCUCUCAAUCCCACACCUUGACAGCCGCAUCUCCAAGUUGUCCCUUGUGUACACUUCACUGUGCACCCUUAGACUUCUAAUCUCACCACUGACGUGUCUCCUGAACAUCACGAUUCAAAUGUGACAUGCGUUGGCAUCUUGGAUAACAAGCCAGAGGCCAGCCCAGGCUUCACCUCAGAGCACUGGCCUUAUACACUUGAGUCAGCUGCAAACAGUGUAGCCAGGGAGCACAGAGCUCAGGCUCCUUGCCAGGCUGGAGGCAUCGUCUCUGAAAAGCAUGUUGAAUCAAUCCACUUUCCAGAACCCCUGUGGGGAGCUAUGGGGAGCACUUCCAUUUCAGCAGCAUUAAAUAAUGACUCGGGUGGGAAGGGGGGUAGCUAGUGAGGCCGCUGUGUUGGAGGCAGCACUGAACCACUAUGAGUGGGCUCCUGGGGCCUCUUAGGGAACAGGGGAGGAUAUACCUUUGGCCAAGUGGGGAAGAGAUGGUGAGGGCCAGUUGGACAAGCAUUGGCCGUGCAGCUGAGGUGGGCAGGGGGCAUGGUGGUGCCAGUAGUGGUCCAGCCACUGUGAUGGGACCUUGGAGGGGGGACAGAGGGCCCAAAGGUGCCAGCUAGUGAUCUGUGAAGGAGGUAGUUGGAAAAGGCUGAGGCUUUUGAUCCAUCCCUUCCCAUUUCAGACCUUCUGGGCUUUCUACCUCUACUCAAGUAGCCAGCAGCAUAAGCAUAGGCUGUUUGUUCUUCAGCUCCCUAGCCCAGCUGUCCAUGGGUGGCUGGGAUUUGCAUUUUCUGAGCCUGGCCUUGGAACUGACCUUUGCUCUACUGUCAGACUUGCCUUGCAGCAUUUACUGUGCCAGUGAAGCUUUGGUUUUGGAAAUGAUUAGGUGUGGCUUUUUCACCAGUUUCAGUUUUGGAGAUUUUCUUAUCCCAACCCCCCUGGUGGGCCAGGGACAUUCGUGCAGCUUGACUUGAGCCCAUCAAAGUGGGAUGGAUGCACGGGUUGGGUGAAGCCUGGUGGAGUCUUUAGGAGGAAGAAGAAAUGCCCAGAGAACUGGUGAACACAUUACAGCUCUCCCUGUCAAUAUUUAUCAGUAACUCCUUUUCUUAGCACAGAUGCCAGUCACACUCAGAUGCUUAGUAAGUUAUGAUCUCUCUGAAUUCUUUCUCAGUAGCCCAGCUGUUGCAUUCAAGUUUUCUGAGUAGCCAGGAAAUUAACCUUUCAUCCCUCCUGUCAUGUCAUGGAGGCAGCAGCAGGGGAGUGGGGAAGGAACUCUUUGACAUUGAGCCACUAAAUUAUAGACUAAUUUUUCAGACCGCUCUUCAUAUGGACUGUGCUACUGUUUUUGUCUCAAAGCUACCAAGUUUGUGCAAUAAGUAGAAGGGAUGUCAUCCCUGUCAAUAAAAGCUGAAUAACAUUCAAGUUCA